CAGGCACACAGGUGAGCGUUUCAGGUAAGAGAGAGACAUUUCAUUCGCUUAAAUCAGUGACAUAAAGAAAUGGCGGAGUCGCAGCUCGUGUGUCUGGAGGACGGACUCCUGCCCCCCGCGACCCCUGAAUCAAGCCCGCGGUUCUACUACAGUGAACAGCAGCGGGCGGCGCUCGAGGCGCUGCUGACAGAAGGAGACGGAGCGUUUAAAACACUACUACUGAAAGACAAGAUCAAAGACUUCCUCUCCGCGCUAGAGGUAAAGAACAUUAGAAGUGCUUUCGUCAAAUAUAACCUGGAGAAUGAAGAAGGAACAUCACAGAAUGAAGCGAAACGCGAUGAAACCGGCUCGCUUCGCUCCACGUACUGGCCGCAGAUGUCUGACACGGAGGUUCCCGCGCUGGACAUCGGCUGGCCCUCAUCCGGGCUCUUUAAAGGAGUGACCCGCGCGACCGUGUACACUCACCCGCCAAAACUCAACAGCCCACACAUCAAAGAAGUUGUACGCAAAUUAAUCCAAGAAUCCUGCAAGGUUGUUGCCAUAGUGAUGGACCUCUUGACUGACCUGCAGAUUCUGCGGGAUCUGUUUGACGCGUCCAAGCGCAGCGUGCCCGUUUACAUCGUGCUGGACGUGCAGGGAACUCCACACUUCCUGGACAUGUGCAACAGACUGCAGGUGACCGCUAAAGACCUGCAGAACGUCAGAACUCGAACUGUAAAGGGCGUUGGGUUGAAUCUGUCCUUUGGUAGAAUUCCAGGAAACCUUUACAGCAAAUACAUGCUUAUAGAUGGAGAUAAAGUCAUGUUUGGAACUUACAGUUUUUCCUGGAGUUCCUCUCGUAUGGACAGGAACAUGAUCACGGUGAUGUCCGGGCAGGUGGUGGAUUUCUACGAUAACGAUUUCCGAGAACUUUAUGCCAUCUCAGACAAACUCGACCUGUUUAAAGAGUUUAACCUCAGUACGCCCCAGAUGGGCACUCUGGCACGGGCAGCUGUGCCGAAACGCCCGCCAACGGCCACCUCGCGCUUCCAGGUGAAUCUUGGAGACACGUCACGUGGAGAUCUUAAAGUGCCAGCACACAAAUAUCACAAUCCAAAAUACCUGUUAGCGCUCGGACAGAUACCGGGACCCACCACACCGCUGCAGGAGUUCCUCGAUACGAUGCAACCCCCCGAACCGGGUCAACAAACGCCAGAGGAGCCCGCUGAAGGACCAGAAAACCCCACGCCAGUCCCCACGCCAGUCCCCUCACAGACCGGGAAGAAAGAGUCAAAGAAAGUGAAGUCACGGACAAGUAAGAAAAAGGGAUCGUGUUGGAUUUUCAGAAAGAAAAAAGAGAAGCAAAGUGAAGCGGUUAUUGAAGAUCAGAUGCCAAACGCAACAGACGACGCGGACAAACACACGCUAACUGCAGCCGAACAGCCGGACGAGAAAUCUGAAGUGAACGACACAGUCAGAACAAAGAAAAGAUCUUGGAAGAACAUAUUUAGAAAAGCAAAGUGAGAAUGUUAUGGUGGAUUCUGUCAUUAAAAUAUUUGAAGGGAGCCGUUUUUAGUGCCUCGUUUUAUUCUUAAUAACUUUGAAAUGUUUACAUCUUUGUAAUUGUUUAGUUUUCAGAACGGCCCUAAAGCCAAAUGUGAAAAUGUUCCUAAAAUCACUUUAAAGUCUUUUGCAGUUGUGUACAUAUUUUGUGUUGUCAAUGAACGAAUUCCGAGACCUGUUGAACACUUUUGGGUUUGAUUUGUGUAUUUGUGCCUCAGGUUUUGCUAUAUUUGUGGGUACCAAAUAUGGCCUGGCCUAACCCCUUAUAUCUACAUUGUGCCCCCCACUGAUCGUUAGAUGGCGAAAUGAUCAAUGGGGCCCAACUACCCUGGCUCAAUGAAGAGACAAGCACUUGCCCACCCUAAAGAUCACAUCCUAAUACCAGCCGUGCCAAAUACCCACAACCUGACAACAAAGAACACUUAACAAAAGGACUAAAUAAUGCACAAAUUAAAAUCUGAAAUUCCUAAAUGUUUCUGUAAGAUCUUUAGGGUUAUGGUACAGAAAAUGUGUGUGUGUGUGACUAAUUAUUGUCGUUAUUCACUUCUGAAAAUGCAGAAAGUUUUUGUUUUUUUUAGAAUUUAGUUUAGUCUGUAGUAAUUAUAGUGAGCAUAAAUAUGUUUGGCUAACUUAAGUCACUCUCUCCCCAAAACCACGCCCUUGAAACCUGAAGUAUGUAACUUUUUCAGUGUUCAAAUAAUUUCUUCUAUUCCAGCUAAUAUGCAGACACAACUGUAAGUAAGCCAUUCAUAGGUUAAUUUCCUCCAAAACUAGGCCUGUUGCGAUGAUUAAAUAACCAUCUGUUUUGUGGAUGAAUCUACACGCCCUUUGUGUUUAUUCUGCCUAUUGGCUGGAGUUUGUUUUAUAGAUUAUCUUUUGUUGUGCAAUUCUGUCUCACAAAAUUUGUGGCAAAGUUAUCGCGGGGGCUCUCGAAGGCGUACAUGGACUGUUUGAGUUUAGAGGGAUGGACGCCGGUUGGCGCGGUCAUGCGCGGGGUUAAUGCACAUGUUUUUCUUUUUCUGUUUGUUUGAUUUGGGGGGAAGUGUGGAGUUUGAUUGUUGCACUAAUGUUGGAAUAUGGUCUUUAUAAUCUUGUUUUUGACACACAAUCUAUUUUUUCUAAUACACUGAACAAAAUUAAAAACGCAACACUUUUGUUUUUGCCCCCAUUUUUCAUGAGCUGAACUCAAAGAUCUAAGACUUUUUCUAUGUACGCAAAAGGCCUAUUUCUCUCAAAUAUUGUUCACAAAUCUGUCUAAAUCUGUGUUAGUGAGCACUUCUCCUUUGCCGAGAUACUCCAUCCACCUCACAGGUGUGGCAUAUCAAGAUGCUGAUUAGACAGCAUGAUUAUUGCACAGGUGUGCCUUAGGCUGGCCACAAUAAAAGGUCACUCACUUUAGACAAAGGGUGACUACUUUGAAGAUGCUCAAAUAUAACACAGUUUAGAUUUAUUUUGGAUUUUGUUUAGUCACAACAUAAUUCCCAUAGUUCCAUUUAUGUUAUUCCAUAGUUUUAAUGACUUUACUAUUAUUCUAAAAUGUGAAAACAAAAAAAAUUAUAAUAAAGAAUGAGUAAGUGUUUCAAAACUUUUGACCGGUAGCGUAUAUAUAUAUAUAUAUAUAUUUGUUUUUUGUUUUUUUCAGUUUUUUGUGUGUAUACUCAUGUGUGACCACAGGGAUGUUUGUU